UUGUCAUUUAAACGUUGGUUGUUGCAGGGACGAUACUCGCGAAUUGUAUCUGAGUUCUGGAUUUCUUUCUACGAGUCCGGUCGUAUAAAAUUAGAAUUUCGGUUGUUUUGGCUCCGUUUUGUUUGUACCGCGACGAAUAGUUUUUGGCGACACUAAUUACGUCGGGUUGUAGUAAUUUGCUUGUGGAAAUUGUGCGAUUCACAGUCGGUUGCUUGGCAAGUUUUGCGGAUAAUUUGCUCGAGUCCUCCUUACCGGCCCAUGUGAUUCUGUGCUGUUCCCCGUACCAGCAGCAGAGAAGGAAACCGGUGUGAUCCCCAAGCCAGUGUCCCGUUAUCGAAGACCGCAGAAAGUCUGCUUUGAAGCCGUCGCCGCGAAGAAAAGUGAAAAGAAACACCUCAUCUCGGCGAGACGACGUGACAAUCCGAUCCAUGCGAGCAAUAUAGAAAAGAGUGGAUAGAUAAGCAGUUUGGUAUUGUUGUGUGGUUUUGGUGCUGAAAAGAAAAAAAGUGCAAUAGCGGAAAAUUACUUUUCACGCCUGAUUAGUGCCGGAAAACGUUUGCUUCGUGCCUAGUGCUGUAUUUUGCAAGGGUUUAGUCAAGGAGAGGUGAUUCACGAUCCAAUAAAAUGACCGAGAGUGCAGGUGUGAAGCAACUCGUCGGUGUAGCGGACAUCACCGAGAACCGCAACAUAUGGCGCAUGCUGGUGGCCGAGUUCCUCGGCACCUUCUUCCUGGUGUCCAUCGGUAUCGGUAGCACGAUGGGCUGGGGUGACGGCUACGCACCUUCCAUGACGCAAAUCGCGUUCACCUUUGGCUUGGUGGUCGCAACGUUGGCACAGGCUUUCGGCCACGUGAGUGGAUGCCACAUCAAUCCGGCGGUCACAAUCGGCCUGAUGAUUACGGCCGAUAUCAGCAUUCUGAAGGGAGCUUUCUACAUCGUCUCGCAAUGUGUAGGAGCUAUUGCUGGCGCUGCUCUUAUUAAGGCAGCCACUCCAUCGGAUGUUAUCGGAUCGCUGGGUGUUACCGGAAUCGACCCACGACUAUCCGCCGGACAGGGUGUGAUGAUUGAGGCUCUUAUCACUUUCAUUCUGGUAUUUGUCGUCCAUGGCGUCUGUGACAAUCGUCGCUCGGAUAUCAAAGGAUCAGCUCCGUUGGCUAUUGGACUGUCCAUCACUGCCGGUCAUUUGAGCGCGAUAAAAUAUACCGGUGCCAGCAUGAAUCCAGCCCGUUCUUUCGGACCAGCUGUAGUUAUGGGUAACUGGACUGAUCAGUGGGUCUACUGGGUUGGUCCUAUUGUCGGAGGCAUCAUCGCCGGUGCGAUUUAUCGUCUGUUCUUCAAAAUGAACACUAACAAAGUAGGACAAGUGACUAACGACGUUCAGUACAUAUAGUCGCAGGCUAGCCCAUCUCCAACCUACGUAGUAGCCGAUAACACCAUAAGCUAUCUUAUGUGACCCUCCAUGUUGAAACUACCAUGUAUCGGUUAUGACUUUAAAAAAUUAUCUGCCAUGUGGGAAGUAUUCAUACUAAUAAACAAUUAUAUGCAUGUUUGGAAAAUUGAGGCGAAACAUUAACCAACCACAUCAGAAUGGAGAAGCAGUUGCGCAGUUCUUGAACGAAUUCCACCAAAACGACAAAUAUAUUCAAUAUCAAACGCCAAAUUCAAGCAAAAAAAAAGAUAUUUAAAACUGUUAUUCGCAUUACCGUAAGAGUGUUUUAGUAAGAAAACAAAGUUAUUUUAUAUAAAUGUGCACAUCACAAACUUCUUUCCAUUAUCGAUUAAAUUUGGUACUUAUCAAAUUUUUAAAAACAAAAGUCUACUUAAAAACACAAUUGGUGCCUUACUUAUCAAAAUACACUCUAUCCACAAGUAACAUAAUUGCAAACAUUUCUCGUCAAAAUAGCACAAUUCAUCAAAUUUGAAAACAAAUAAGAAAACUGACUGCUUUUACAGAAACUUAUUACUUACAAAGAUCGUCUAGAUUAGGAUCUGCGAUUCUCUAUCCUUGGCUAUUGUACAGUCCCUAUCUGCCCUAUAAAUUACUACUUCUUAUGUACAUACGUCCCUCUAAACAAUAAUCUAACCUAGUACGCUUAGACUAAUACGAGAGGUGUUGGGUUCAACAUAAACUGAAAUCGAUAAAACCUAAGCAGUUCCAUCGAAAUCGUGGGUUAAUCAAAAUGCGCACUUUCCUUACUCCUAUGUAUACUAAUGACCUUUUCCUUCACCAUCACACUAACAAGCGGAAAAAUCUGAAAUUAUCGAUAAUGUAUCUUCUACACAAUUGUAUCGAAAAGAAGUGCUUUUAGGAUUUAGUUUUGUUAAAUUAUGAUCGAACGAUUUGAAUUGUUAUCUUGAAAGUGUUAUAUUAUUACCUAUGUUCCACCACUUAUUUAAAUCUCCUACAAACCGUGAAAUUAAACAGCUUUUUGUUAUAGUUUAAACGACAGGCUGAGCAUUGCCGCAAGCAGUUAUUAAAAGAUACUUGCAGUAGCACAGAUCUUAGUAUUUAUGUAUUUUACAACGCACGCAUUGCCUGAAGCGAACGUCUGCCAGGAACCAAGCUUUGUCUCUAGAUUGCUUCGAGAGUAAGUAAGGCAGUGUAAAGCACAGUUACAAGCGUGUUUACAACCUCGAGGGCUUUAGUUGAACAGGAAAAGUUGUUCAAUGUAUCAAAUUGUACCUUGGAUUACACUGCUGCGGCAUGAAUUACUUGCAAAAAAGAAAACGAUCAGUAAUAAGGCUCCCGUAUUUGUAUUUUCUUCUAUGUAUUAUAUACAUUGGAAUUUACAUAAAAUUUUACUGUAAAACGAAACGUUGAAUAAAUUAUAAAAAUAAACUA